GCAGACUAAUGUAAAACUAAAUAAGCCAGAAUAUGUAGGAUUAUGUAUUCUCGAUCUUUCUAAAUAUUAUAUGUAUGACUUUGAAAUUGAGCCCGAAAAUAUUUAUCAAGACAUGAUAAAUGAUUGUGAUUUAUUUGAUUUUAGUGAUUAUCCCGAAGAGCAUUGGGUAGUAAAAAAUCUUCCAGAAGAUCAAUGGAUAAUUACUGAAGAAG